AUGACAUGUAUUGAAGCCGCGGAAAUAGUCGAGAGCCUGACGCGAUUCCAGCUGACUGGCUUCGAUAUUACCGACGACCAUCCCCCCGUUCCUGACGAAUCAUCCGCGAGAUCAGCCCCAUAUGUUGAUGUCCCAUGGAUCAGUUGGAAUAAUAUCCACGCCACAGAUGAUAUAGCCGAGAACUCAAACUUGGAUGGAUCCUUCACGGCGCUAGUUAUGGGAAAAUAUGCGAUCCCAGCAGGGGAUCUCGUGAACCCGGACUCCAGCGACAUGGUCAUCAAGGCAAUCAAUCACCAGGAUAGGAUUCUCAGAGCACAGGUAUUCAGCAAUUACUCUCGCAGUGCAGCAGACGGCACGCUGGGACAUGCCCCUCUGCCCGGGAACAUCACGAUGUCGAAUCGACUGCGUUUGUCACCAGAUGCGGCGUCAACACGCGUUCUUGAAGCACUUCUCGGUUCUAUCCUCAUUCUGGGCAUCGUCGGUUCCAUUCUCAUGAACACUGAUCACAUCUUGCCAAAGAACCCGUCUAGUAUCGCCACUGUUGCAAGUCUCCUUGCCGACUCAAAUAUUCUCGCUCGGUACGAGACAGUUAUGGGUGAUCUGAAUGAACUGUCUAUUGGUCGGGCUUUCUUUUCCCGGCGUCACUUCUUUCUCGGAUUCCGGAGGGAUGCGUCUGAUCAGGGGAUUCUUGGCAAAUCUCGGAAGAUCAGUGAGACUGUAUGGGAUAAUGCGUCGAUGUGGGUGAGGAAGGACUUCCGGACAAAAGAAACUAGUGUUGAAGAGCGGAUGGUAUGA